AUGAGUUCCGCCGAUGUAAAGCCGGAAUCGUCGCAGUCAAGCGUCACUUUGACAGCUUCUGCCCCUGAACCAACUACAAUCACAACUACAACGACCACAAAGCGACCUCUCGAGGAUCCAUCGUCGCCGACUGCGCCUAACGAACCAGAUGCAAAACGUCCGGCUUUAGACAAAGGUGGCCCGGUCAAGGGUGAACCAAACGAGUUCAUCGCAGAAGCCAAGUCGGAAGCCGAUGGAGACACCAAAGUCCCCGAUGCCCCACAGGCUCUAACCUCUAGCAUUCAGCCCGUAGAUGAAUCGAACUGGAUCCACGUGAGGGCUUUGAUCACUAGUGCUGAGGCUGCUACCGUGAUUGGUAAGGGUGGUGAGAACGUAACACAGAUCAGGAGAUUAUCUGAAGCGAAGUGCACUGUUUCCGAAUACACCAGAGGAGCAGUAGAAAGGAUACUAACAGUCAGCGGUGGUGUUGACGCUGUUGCAAAGGCUUUCGGGUUAAUCAUACGAACCAUCAACAGCGAACCUCUCAGCUCGGCUUCCACCCAGAACUCGAAGACUUUCCCUCUUCGUCUAUUGAUUCCGCAUAUUCUUAUUGGUUCCAUCAUUGGGAAAGGUGGAAUGCGCAUCAGGGAAAUUCAAGAUGCUUCUGGGGCUCGACUCAAUGCUUCGGAUUCCUGUCUUCCGCUUUCCACUGAGAGAUCAUUAAUGGUUGUUGGUGUUGCAGAUGCCGUUCACAUUGCGACAUACUACGUUGCCACGACCUUAGUCGAGCAGCUGACGGAAAGAUUUGGUGGCCCUGCUGCAUCUGCUUACGCUUCGCGAUCUGGAGGACCUGCCGGAGCCGUCCCUGGCGGAAUGCAGGUUGUGCCAUACACACCCCAACCUGCCUUUGGUAAUUAUGGUCACCCCGAUAAUUACCGACGUCAUAACAACCAGGCGCAGCGAACUCCAGCAAAUCCUUACGGAAUCCCCUACUUGCACGGUCAACCACCUGUGCAACAACCAGCCGCGCCCAUUCACUAUGCUGACCCUUCAGCACAACCCGCAUACAGCGGUGCUGGACCUCACCAACCCACCGUUCCUCACCAUGGUGCCCAUACCGGUCCCGCCGCACAAGGCCACGGCAAUAUGGCGGCCAUGAUUCCUGGAGCACCCUUGACCCAGCAAAUCUAUAUUCCCAAUGACAUGGUUGGCGCUAUCAUCGGAAAAGGUGGUGCGAAGAUUAACGAGAUCAGGCAACUUAGCGGAAGUGUUAUCAAGAUCAACGAACCCCAAGACAACAGUAAUGAGAGGCUAGUCACAAUCACUGGUACUCAGGAAUGUAACCAGAUGGCAUUGUACAUGCUUUAUUCAAGGCUGGAGAGCGAAAAACACAGAAUUUAA